GAAGGACGUGACAGAACGUGUUUGUUUCCUUUCUGCAAACAUCUGACAGGAGAAAACGGUUUAAGAAGAGACCAAAACAGGACUACAAAAGGAUUCAAGAUAUAUUUCUGCAGUGGUGCUGUUGAGCAGCAGGUUUGUCUUGUCUGGCUUUGAGCUGAAUCUGUAACUCCUUUCAUCAUGUUCUCACCCGGGAAACACCACCUGUCACACCUGCUCCUCACAGUCCUGCUGCUCGGUGGUCGGACAGCAGAUGGAGCUCAGAACAGGUCGGAGGUGGAGACGGCACCCUCUGUGCGGCUGGCUAGUGUCCACUCCAGCAGGGCCAUCGUGGCGAAGGAGGGAUCCAGCAUGCUGAUCGAGUGUAACGUGACCGGGGGCCACGAUAGCAUCAAGUGGUACAACUCUAAAGGACUUCAGCUGGGUGAUGACGCAGAUGGGAAGUGGCAGAUUCAGGAAACAGGCACCCUGAACAUCACUGCAGUCUCCUUUGCAGACCGUGGCCGCUACACAUGUGUUGCCUCGAGGGGGGGUUCUGAACCCACAAACUACACCGUUAUUCUGCGUGUUGCCCACACCGACAGCGGCCUGGGCCUGUACUAUGUCAUCGUCUGUCUGGUGGCCUUCACCAUCACCAUGAUCCUCAACGUGGCCCGGCUCUGCAUGGUCAGUAGCCACCUCAAGAAGACAGAGAGGGCCAUCAAUGAGUUCUUCCGCACUGAGGGUGCAGAGAAGCUGCAGAAGGCAUUUGAGGUCGCAAAGCGCAUUCCCAUCAUCACAUCGGCCAAGACGCAGGAGCUCGCUAAAGUGACGCAGUUCAAGACCAUGGAGUUCGCUCGUCACAUUGAGGAACUGGCACGGAGCGUCCCUCUGCCGCCGCUUAUCCUGAACUGCCGUACAGGUGUGGAUACGGAGAACCCUGGGCCUCACUCUUCAGAGCAAGUAGGGAGACAAGCUAUAGGUCCGCCCUGCUCAGAUGGAGAGGAGGAGUGUCAGGUGCUGCUGCCGCCAAGUGAAGGACAAAGGAAUGAUGAAGGUGGCGUUGACAUUAAAGUGUCAGUCCACAUGGUUUCUGAAUGUGCUGGUGUGGACGCUGUAGAAGAGAAAGUUAAUGAUGAGGAUGAGGAGGCUGCGGUGUGCCUCCCUCUGCUCACAACAAGCCCAUGA